CCAGCACAUCACUAGUUCUACUCAUUGCAAUCUGCAAUGGGCACACUGUUAAUUUUUUGUGAGAUUUCUUGAAAUUAUUUAUUUUGAAAAAUUAAAAUGCAACGCGACGAAAAACUCUUCGAGUUGACGUUAGAUACGGUCCUUCAGCGUCUUAAUGAUCUCAAGCUGGCUGUUCUCUCCAUGAUCCAGAAGCUGGAGAUGGAAUACGAGACUAUUAAUUGGCCGACAUUUCUGGACAACUUUGCCAUAAUCUCGAGUCAUCUUACGGGCUUGACCAAGAUUUUGGCCAAGGAGCAGUGUCCGCCGUUAAGGAACCGCACCGUCCUUCCGCUACUCGUCUCAAUGGACCGGGAUGAGACCCUGAUUAAUAUUACAGAAGGCCGGGUGCCUGUUUUUUCACACGACAUAGUUCCGGACUAUCUGAGAACCCGGCCGGAUCCGAUUACGGAGCAAAAGAUGCUUCAAAACGAGCAGAAGGCGGCGAACCUUACAAACGACGCCGCCAUGAAGCAGGUCACCCAAUACAACAAGGUCGUGUCCCAUGUUCUCGACAUGGUCAGUAAGGCUCGCGAGGAAUGGGAGAUCGAGAGCUCCUCAAGAACCGGCAUCCAGCAGACGAGCAGCAUGGCCGAUACCCAGCUUCUGGUGGCCGCCGUGGGCAUGGGCAAGGGCCUCAAGCUGGCCAACUACGGACCUGGGCCGGGCAUGAUGGUGCCGCCUUCGAUCCGCGCACCUUCGCCCAUGGGCGGACCCGCCAUGAGUCCUGGCAACGUGCAACAGCAGCUGGGAAAGGCCCCGUCGGCCGUGAAGACCAACAUCAAGUCCGCCAACCAAGUACAUCCGUUCUCUCGAUAGCAAAAUCCGUAGUAUAUAUUGGCUAUUUUCGCUUCCCUCUGGCGGAAUGUGUCGUAAUAAGUUACAUGUCCCUAAUUCUAAGGCUAUGACUAAGCAAACAUAAACAUGAACAAAAUCAA